GACGACGACGACCCCGAAGAAGAUGAUGAGGCGUCUGGUUAUGUGGAUCACGAAGAAAUGAAUGAUCAACUCUUUCGAUAUCACGAUAGAGACGACGGUCUCGUCUUUGAUUUGGAAGAGAUGUUUCCGACGAGUGUUCUUCACGUGAACGAUAGGCUGUCGACUAUAUUGCCGAUCAUUGGUGACGAACACGCGAACGGCACCGACACUACACAACCCACUGUUCCUCCGGCGCCGGGAAAUGUUUCCAUUUCACACCCUUUGCUCGUAAGACACGGCGAUAAUACGGGCGCUUCAGUGCUGUCACAUACGGCCGCUUCCAAUGCAACGGCUGCCGGAAUGUUAGCCAAUCGUUCCCAUAGAAGUGGUCGCCAGAGAAUAUACAGACCCUCAUUGGGCGCCAGCGCUGCUAAUCAUCACAGUUGGCACAUCCCUACCGGAACCAGACAUCCAAACCCUCCGGCAAUUUUGCAAAGACUUUUAGGACCGAACACCGCUCAGGACAUCCUUCAGUUGACCAAUUCGACCGGUUUGGGCGCCGGUUCAGCGCCCGCUCAAGUGAUUCUCACCAGCAAUGACUUCCAUAUACUGGCCACCGAUGACGAGUUAUUUGAGUUACAAAAUCCCAACACAUUUAUGUCCGGUAACUCGAGCUCCACAUUGGGAUCCGUUCCGUCGGCAAUGCUUCGGUGGACCGAAGAGUCGAGAGUAUUGGACGGCGACUCACUUCACGACUGCGUUUCGCUCAUCAAAAGAGAGAUAAUCGAGUGUUUGGAGAAACAUCGCGACGAAGAGUUCGCAGAAAAGCGCGAAAAGAAGAAGAAAGACGACGAAACCAAACGACUGGCCGACGAAGAGGCGAAGGCUAACGAACCGCCCAAACCCGAGACGGAACAGGUGAACAUGAAUACCGAGAAAUUGGCCGCUUCUCUAGUCGAGCAAGUGUUGGGACCCGUCCUGAGGACGCCCGCCAACGAGCCCUCACAAGAAUCUGUGCGCACAACGCCUCCCGUUUCGAUGGAUGUGACCGAAACGCCCACUAAUGGAGACUAUCAUAGCAUUCAAUCCGAUAAUGAAGUGACAGAAAUGGUUUGCAGUGAAGCACAGCUCAUACCAGAGAUGCCUGAAAUGCAUAUCAUUCCCGAACGUAACGAAAUGGAAGUGAAUCACGAGACCAGUGCUCAACUCUCCACACCCACAGAACCGGUGCCUCCUCUGCCGCCACUCACUCUUCUCUAUCCAAAUGAAUUUCAAGCCCAGUCUUCGGAAGAGCCGGUGAAUCGACCGCCGCCUCCCGUCCGCUGCGAAAGCGAAGACAUUGGGAACGCUAUCACACCUGAAGAUCUUUCGACGAUCACAAACACAAGCAGUGAAGGCGUAAACGUCGCCACUAGUGAUGAGCCGCACAAUGAGUUAACGAACAAUACGAUAGUCGGGUCGACAACACCAGAAGCUGAUAGUGUUGUUGAAGUGCAGACCAAUGAAGAAUCCAUUACUCCGAACAACAUUACAAACACACAAAUGCCAACUGAAGGCACACAGAAUAGCGAAGUUCCCGAAGGAGUUGAUCCCUCUUUUCUGGCCGCUCUUCCCGAGAACAUUAGGCAAGAAGUGAUUGCCGAACACUUGCGGUUACAACGCCUUCAACAACAGGGAACAGCUCAGACCACUGCUCCCACGACUCAGGCCAGCAGUAGUGCCACAACCAAUACAUUUACUGAAGUGAAUCCCGAAUUUCUGGCCGCUUUACCGCCCAAUAUCCAGGAGGAAGUGUUGGCACAACAGCGCGCAGAACAGCAACGAAUAGCCCAACAAAACACUAACCCCGAGACGCCUGUCGACGCCGGAAGCUUUAUCUUAACACUUCCGCCCAGUCUUAGGCGUCAAGUACUGGCAGAUAUGGACGACAGUCAGCUCGCAUUACUCCCUCCCGAAGUGGCCACUGAAGCGCAGGCUUUGCGGCAAGAGUUGGAAGCGAGACACCGGCAAAUACAGGAACGCUUUUUUAGUAGUCACGCCGGAACCGCUCUUUCGAGAAUCCUUCGCAGCGCAGCAACAGGGCGUAUGGGAGGCACGCGUUACACUAUUCAUACGGUACCGCCGGGUUCGUGGCCUUGGAAUAUUAGUGGCCGUUCGGGAACGGGUGGCAGCAAUUUGAACGCCAAUUCAGGCGUUAACGCUCACAGACCUGCCUUUACGAGCUCUCGCUUUAGAGGGCGGCAACUAUUGGAUAACGAGGCGCUCUCUUGUCUUCUGAUUCUUCUGUUCGUUGAAGAGCCAAAACUCAAUACAAUUCGUUUGCAUCGAGUGCUCCGUAAUCUGUGUUAUCACGUGCCCACUCGGCAAUGGGUUAUACAAUCAUUGCUCGCGAUUAUGGAGAAAACGAAAGAAUUGAAAGAUCUAAAUGAGACGAGACCUCGAAAGGGCAGUAAUGCCAGCGCAACACCAAAUCAAAAAUCUGCCGCACACUCGAUGGCCUCGUGGCUGUCGAUUAGUUUGGACGCAGCGCUGGGCUGCCGGACAAAUGUAUUCCAAGUGCACAGAAGUACAACCGGUGCCAAAAAGAGUGGGAUCUGUAGUGUGAACGUCAACACCAUUACCAUUCAUCCUCAGGCCUCACCACUUGUCUGCCGUCACGUUCUCGACACACUUAUAGCACUCGCAAAGUCUUUUCCCAAUCAUUUCCUUCCCGACGCUCAUCAUCUGCUUACCAAAGGAGAGGACACUCUGUUGUCUAAUCCUCAAACCACUCCCUCCGGAAUCAAAGGGCCCACAGAUUUUUGGGAUGUUUUGGUUAAAUUGGAUUCAAUCAGUAGUAAUAGAAAAGGAAAAAGUUCUGCGACAGGACUGUCGACUCCCAAUACAUCGCAAAGUCAAGAAUCGGAAACUGGGGCUCAAAAUGUGGAACCGUCUCCGAUGUCUAACAUUAUUAGUUUACUCUCACAUCCAGUGAUCAAAAGGAGUUCAAUGCUUACCGACCGGUUGUUGCGUUUAUUAGCUCUUAUAUCACUGGCUCUUCCUGCCAAUGAAACUGCAGCGACAACAUUGCAUCCAUUGGCCACUUCGACACCCGUUGCCAUUACUAAUGAAUCCACAACAGAGACUCCGUUACCACAAUCGAGAACUACAAACACUGAGUCUUCAAGUGAUAACAAUGAAGACAAAAGAGAUACUAUUUGUGAUAAGAAGCCGAUAGUCUCUGUCAAUAGCGGCGAAGGAUCUCAAGACAAGAACGAGAAAAUAAUUGCAUCUGAAGAGCAAUUAAAACUGGCGGUCGAUGUCUUGACAUCAAAGUCGUGCUCCGAAGAGGGCUUAGAAGAUGCGACCGCUUUAUUGCUGAGACUAUCGCGCAGUUGUUCGGCCACUCGUACUGUUGUUCUUCGUUUACUGCUGAACGGCGCCCAAGAGUUAGGUUUCGUUGUCUGUCAACACAUUAACUCUUUGGUUAUAGAAUUGAAAACAUUGAAUGCAAACAAUCCCGAAGUGACUCCCAAUGACUCCGACAAUCAGAGUCCAGAGAAGAUGAGCAAAGGUGUGAUUCACGACAGGUUUACGAAUACAACGGUUGUCAUAACAGCGCCGUCUAAUGUUAAGCACAAUAUCGCCGCCCGAGAGGUUCAGUUACCGUCGAUGUCUGCGCUGACCGCCAAAGCUUCGAGUCAAUCGUUUUUCUUAAGAAUUCUUAAAGUAAUCAUUCAAUUGAGAGAUUCGAUUCGACUCCAAAAGAAUAAACGUAAUACCGAUGGAGUGUCUGCUAUGGAAGUGGACGGACAGGACGACAGUCUGAGUAAUGAACUCCAUUUGGACGAUCUCUGGCAGGCAUUGAGUUCGUGUCUAUUAGAGUUGGCCGACACUCCCGAUCAUCACGCGGUGCUUGUGUUGCAGCCGGCAGUCGAGGCCUUCUUUCUGGUCCACGCGGCAGAACGCGAGCCAAACAGACGCCGCGAUAACCGAAGCGAGACUCGCGAUCAACAGUUGGCGCACAUUAACCGAGACAUCGCUCCCCUCUCUCCGGCACCCGAAGGAUCAGCCGGUGAUUCGGGUUCGGCUGUGGCUAACCUUCCGGUUGACACUCAAAAGUUCCUAACGUUUGCCGAAACGCAUCGAAUAGUUUUGAAUCAAAUAUUACGCCAAUCGUCGACACCAUUAGCGGACGGGCCGUUCGCUGUACUCGUAGAUCACACAAGAAUUCUCGACUUUGAUGUCAAACGUCGCUAUUUUAGGCAAGAGUUGGAGCGUUUGGAUGACGGCGCCCGACGCGAAGACCUGGCCGUUCACGUCCGACGCGAACAUGUCUUUGAAGACUCCUAUAGAGAACUGCAUCGCCGAGUGUCCGAAGAAUGGAAAAAUCGCUUUUACAUAGUGUUUGAGGGCGAAGAGGGUCAGGACGCGGGCGGUCUGUUGCGUGAGUGGUAUACUAUAAUAUCGCGCGAAAUAUUCAACCCGAUGUACGCCCUGUUCACGACCUCUCCGGGCGAUCGCGUGACUUAUAUGAUCAAUAGUGCCUCGCAUUGCAAUUCCAAUCACUUAUCGUAUUUCAAAUUUGUCGGUCGAGUCAUCGCUAAAGCCGUUUACGAUAACAAACUUCUUGAAUGUUAUUUCACGCGAUCUUUCUAUAAACACAUUCUCGGAAAACUUGUCAAAUAUACCGAUAUGGAGAGCGAGGACUACUCUUUCUAUCAGGGAUUAGUGUUCCUCUUAGACCAUAACGUCCACGAAUUGGGCUAUGAGUUGACAUUUAGUAUCGAAAUCCAAGAGUUUGGUGUAACAGAAGUCCGUGAUCUCAAACCGGACGGACGUAAUGUUGUGGUGACCGAAGACGUGAAGCAUGAAUACGUGCAUCUGGUCUGUCAGGAGAAGAUGACGGGUGCCAUCAAAAAACAAUUGGGGUCAUUCCUCGACGGCUUCUAUGAAAUAAUACCCAAACGUCUCAUCUCUAUAUUCAACGAACAAGAGUUAGAGCUAUUGAUCUCCGGUUUGCCGAACGUAGACAUCGACGACCUGAAGGCCAACACCGAGUAUCACAAAUACCAGUCCAGUUCACUGCAGAUCCAAUGGUUUUGGCGAGCGUUGCGGUCAUUUGACCAAGCUGAUAGGGCUAAGUUCCUCCAGUUUGUGACGGGCACUUCCAAAGUACCGCUUCAGGGAUUCGGUGCACUCGAGGGCAUGAAUGGCUCCCAAAAGUUCCAAAUACAUCGCGACGACCGCUCAACCGACCGCUUGCCCUCCGCUCACACCUGUUUCAAUCAACUGGAUUUACCCGCUUACGAGACUUACGACAAAUUACGACUAAUGCUUUUGAAGGCAAUCCAAGAGUGUUCCGAAGGUUUUGGUUUCGCAUAA